AUGCCCUGCCUGUUCUCCGGAAAUCAGCUAGCCAGCGGCACUAUUCGACUACCGCCUGCUGUCAUUAUUCCAUGUGCCUCCGAAUGCCUAGAUAAUCACAAGCGUCUACCAGAGGGUAAGUUCAUUUUUGAUUAUCAUAUUAUGAGGGAUCAUCCCCGUCUCCAGAGUGGAAAAGAUCUACGGCCUAAAGAACGCAAAGCUCUGAUUUGCAGCAAUCUCAAACCUCAUCCACGAAGUUCCAAGUGGCUACCAAGGGGCACAUUCGAUUAUGUCAAGAUCAAAUAA